AUCCAUACUACCAACUCUCAUAUUUGCCGUUUUAAAUGUGCCUGGCUUCGUACAGGGAGUUCAGACUCUCCACUCUUUUAGCACCAACCAAGCGAGUCUUCAAUCAGUUGUUAGUCGCUGCUGGUGAAGUGAAUACGUGCUAACUGUUCUUACUAUCCGUGUGUUUUCGUAUAAGUAACCGUGGAACAACAAGAUUUGCUUAUCACAUUCCAAGCGACAAAAAAGUGAAAAACAAAAAAACAUAAAUAAAUAAACAAACGAAUAAGUUGCGAGCUAAUUGAGUAGGGUAAUGUUGAAGGUGUUUUUUGUUUUGUUUUUGUAAUAAAUAUUUCUUCAAGUAUUAUAUAAGUAAAAGCUUUUCGGCUGUGAAGUCAGUGCGGCGCGGAAGUGGCCAAGCAAGCUAAAUAUAUAAGUACGAAAUUGGGAGCAAAAUAAGCAAAAAUAAUCGAAUAAGCUCAAGGGCUAACCAGUUUCAAUGUGUUUUUAGAAAGAGCUUAAAAUAAGUAAAAAUAAUAGCGCUAAAAUAAAAUCUAGCGAAAUACAGAAAGUCUCCACACAAUGUCAGAUACACUAAACAAUAAUAUCCUGUCCAGUGUUGGUAAUAGUGGUAAAAUUAAUGCUAAUUGCAUUGCUGCAGAUGCUUUUUCUGAUGAACAAAAAAACCUCAACAACAAUAAUAGCAAAAAAUAUACAACAAGUAAUAGCACAAAUAGAAAUGAUGAAAUCAUCGAAGAAGGUUUUGACUACAGCGAUACCGACUUGUUAGACGAGUUAAAUGCCAGUGACGACAACGACAACGACAACGACAACAGCUGUAAAAUAGCCGAUGGCGAAAGAAUUGUGCACAGUCGUAACGAUAACGAUCAACACCUUCCCAGCGCUCAAGAUAUGUUGAAUAAGGUAGAGGCAGAUGUACCAAAUAUCACCGGUAUAUCUUCUCUUCUUGAUGACACUGCCACCGACACAAAUUCUCAUGACAAUAAAAGACAAUCAAGUGCCGCCGAGAACGUCUUUGUCGACAGCGCUGGUGCGCCAAUUAUGAGUACUGAUAAUGCGACAAACACUGCAGUGUGUGGUGAUAAGCAAAAACUCACACUGACUAACUUAGUUUUGCGUGCAGAAAACGACGGCAAAAACCAUGACUGCGAAACAAGCACAGCUGAAGGUGCUGUUGACUCAUACUGUCCCAUAACACCAAGACGUAUAGUUGAUGUGGAAUCUCAGCCUACGCCAUUGUUGAGGAGCAGUUCGACAAAACGCAUUGAAAACAGCAAUAAAAAUGAUGUUGAUGCGGCUGAUGUUGACAGUACUAGCAAAGAUCUUUCUGAUGAAGGUUAUUAUUAUGCUGAUGAGCCCGAAGAUGAAUUAAUUGUACAGUUCCUGGGAGAAGCCAAUCGUAUUGCCGAGGCUCGUUUGGCUGCCCGCCGACAAGCGCGCGCUGAGGCACGUGAAAUACGCAUGCGAGAAUUGGAACGUCAACAAAAAGAACAGGAGCAAAAUGCAGAUCGUGUUUUUGACAUGCACACCUCAUCCAGCAUUGAUCCAUUGUCAAGAUCGCGACUCGCAACAGGUGUCGGCAGUUCGCCGCUGGGUGCAGUGCUUAACAGCGCACGGGCUAACUCAAUGUCGUCGCGGCGCAGCAGUGAGGAUUCACUGGAAGAAGAAGGUCGCAGCUUGCGAGACAUACGACAUGAACUUAAGGACGUUGAGGACAGAUUUCGGAAGGCUAUGAUCGCCAAUGCACAGUUAGACAAUGAACGGGCAUCACAAACGUAUCAGAUACAAUUGUUGAAGGAUAAACUGGAAGAAGUCGAAGAGUCUUAUGCCCAACUCCAGCGUGAGUUUAAGGACAAAUCACGUGAUUGUAAUGCGUUGAAAAGAAAUUUGGAUAAGUUAAAUGAAGAGCUUAAAUUGGUGCAAGGUCAACUGACUGAACGUGAUAAAUUAAUCGCGGAACAGGGUUUAGUUAUUGUGGCCAUAGAAAAUGAAGAGGGUACUGAUGCAAAACGUGCGCUAGUCAGUGUAGAGAAUGCUCAGCUGUUAGGUUCAGUGCAAGGCUCAUUAGAUGUGCGACUGAAAAAAUUUAGUGAAGAGAAGCAACAACUUUUAGGAGAGGUGCAGAAACUGCAGGAAACCGUUGAAAAUUUCAAAAGUCAAGGCAAAGGGCGUUCAAAUUCACUCAAUGGACCAACCGGUUCUGAUGAGGAUUAUGAAGCACAAAGGGAGGCGAAUAAAAUAAUAUCAGAAUACAAGUAUAAAUUACAGAAAGCUGAACAAGAAAUCGCCAGUUUACAAGCGAGCUUAGCACGUUCGGAAACGCAAGUCAUACGUUAUAAAAGCACCGCGGAGGCAGCGGAAAAAGCAGAAGCUGAACUCAAAAUCGAAAGGAGAAAGCUACAAAGAGAAGAAUUAUUAGUUAUACAUUUUUGGGAUGAGUGUCAUUGCCAAUAAAUAAAUAUGAGUAAAACGUUUUGAUAGUUAUCGAAAGCAAAAACCUCAAUGCAUUGCUACUUAACACGAUGCUUAAGAGUUUUCCUAAACAAAAAUAAAAAUAAAUAAAUGGCUUACGGUACAAACACUAUGAUACAAAUAUAUUUGUAUAUUUGUGAUUUCCCAUCUUUUGUCUAAUAAAGUACUAAUUUUACUAUAUAAUGAUGCAUGAAGUAAAUGCUUUGAUGAAUAUAUUAAAUAUGGCAGAUAAAUUUGUUUAAUUAAUUAUAUUUGUUUUAAUUUUGUCAGUUAAGAUAUGUAUAUACAUAUGUAACACUUUCUUGAGAACUCAUCUAUCCUGUGUCUAAAUGUAGAAGGCUGAAAUUGUGUUAGAAAGGUUAUAUAAUAAUUCAGUAAUUUUAAAAAUAUAUAAAUAGCGUAAAAUUUGUGAAAUCUAAGCUGUUAACUUGCUCAGCUUUCAUAUAUGUCUAUUUUUGGUCUCGAAAUUCGUAUCCUGCUUCGUUACUUGUUACACUCGACAAGUUGAAACGCAUUCACCCAACGCAAAAUAUUAUAAAUACUGUAAAAAUUUUAAUAAAUGUAUGUGAAUUGGCAAAUAAAUUACUCCCCAAUCAUGGAAAAUUACUAAUAAAUUACGUAUAGAGGCCUCCUACGAAAGCCGAUUAGCAAUGCGUGCUGCCAUUCAGAACGUCAAAUUUCAAGAUCUGUUCCGACCAACAUCCGAAAUUAUAGAAAAUUAAAUUAAAUUAAAAAUUAAGUUAAUUUUUCUAAAUGCGGCCGCCCAUAGACAGGAAAUGUCGAACCCUCUGAUAUAUAAUAUUAAUCCUAGUUUUUUAAUAGUAUUCUUAAAUAUGUUAUAAUAUUUUUGCAUAAAUGAAAUGAAGUAUAAAAAAGAUCUGAUAUGUAACUUCUUUUAUUCCGAAAAAUCAAAUUCUUUUUAAAUGAAUACAUGACAUGACCCUUCACUUAUACGUCAGAUAGUUUUCAGAUUAAAAAUUGUAUUUCUUUGUUUAUUGUUAUUUCUUUAACUUAAUACUUUAACUAACAGCAACAUU